AUGUCUGACGACGAAGACGGGCCUGGGUCACCUGCAGCAGACGAUUUGACAUACGGACUGCUUUUGCUCGGCCUGGGGAGAAAACUGGUCAAUUUGGCCGAAAGAACCGCUCAGCUUCGACGCCGUAAUCAGAUGGUGGUUGCGAAAGUCCAGGAAACGAAAAGACGCCAGCAGGCCUUGGAGGCUCUUAAUUCCGCCGAAAUGCUUCUUCUGAUGACGAGGGCCAGCGAACGGAGACUGCGCCAUUUGGAGCUGGUCCGUGAAAAGGCCAGGAUCCUGAGGCUGUUUCUCGAAAAGAGGAACAGCGAUCUUCAGGAUACGGAGGCAUUGGCGUUGUGGGGUGACGCCGACGAGGAAGAGACGCUUGAAGUUCUGGAUCCCCUGCUUUUGGUGAUCUCACGGGCAGUCAGGCGCUACAAGCUCCGCAAGGCAUUGAAGUCCAGACAGUGCCGGUUGUACUUUGACAAGAUCCUCCGGUUUGAAGUGCUGUUUUCCGAUGCCGUGUUGCUCUUGCGGCUGCCUGCCAUUGGCUGCAUUGAGAAUCUUCUUCACUGUCUAGGAUUGCCUGACCUGGGUGAUGACAGCUACAAGUGGUUUCUCUACUCCAUUGCGUUGAUUGGUGACUUCCACGAUUCCUUGGGCAGCUCAUUCGACAUGCACCCGGGCUUCAAUGUCAAUUUGAAGAAGGCAUCGCCUACGUCUGUCCAUCUCCCUAUCAUGCUUUAUCACUUGGCGGUCCGUAUGUUCUUCAUGCUCAGACUGUUCUCCUACAAGGACAUUCAUCCAUUUUCGUGCCGACGUCUCCAGUUUGCCCGCUACUGGCGCUUUUACCAUUUUCUAUUCGCUAUUUAUAGAGACAACCACAAGCAUGCACUUCGGGAGAUUGCAGACGAGGCCUUUUCGAUCGCCAGCACUCAACAUCGGAUUCUAGAAGCAUACGACCUUUUGCGGACUGGUGAUGGUUCCAAGGACAGAAUGCGCUUGUUCAAGUGUACAAGGGCGAAUUUGGAGGCUCUCAAAACACCCCAGGAGCUCCCGUGGGCUCUGGUUGGUGUAUCGUCGGAAAGCUUUUGCGAGGACUUGAAUAGCGUCUCUGGAUACUGCAAGUCGCUUAGAGAAAACGCUGGUAACUCGCUCAUGUACGAUGAUAAUUUUGCUACAGACACAGAGACGCCAUGUGACGAGGCCCAAACGCUUCAGUUUGGUCCAGACGCUUUCACUGUUCCUCCUAUGACGUCCAUUUCCAACUGGCGUAUUCAGUGGUUUGCAAAGUUCAAGAAUGAGCUCAUGUCCCUGCAGAACACAAAUACUCCGGCGAACAUUCGUACGGGUUUUGUGAGUUGUGACAGGGCUGGUGAGAUCGUGGAACCCCAGGAUGUGAAGAGAUUUUUCUCUGAAGUUGACCAGGUUGAAGUCAGUGGGAACAAUGUGACUUUUGAGAAAAAGGCCCACCGCUUGGUGGCCCGACUCAAGGGGUUGUUCUGCUUCUACUUUGAAUUGUGCAAGCACAUUGGCAAGGGAAGUCUUCUUCACCAUGCUGAGAUCAACUAUCUAGAGUUGUGUGCAUCUUAUGAGCUUAAGGUGGAAAAGGAGUCUGACAGACUGGCCCAGAACUAUGUGAAGCUUCUUUUGCUUCUUGUGCUUCAGCUUGUAGAGAUUGCGGGCUUGAGUAAUCCAGAGGCCACACAGCUUGCCGGAUCGGUUGAUGAACCUAAUGACGAUUUCCUUGUCCGUUCAAGAAUGAUGAUUGAGGAAUUGUUCAUAGCAGCUCAGACGUCGUGGACGAACCUCUGCACUUUUCCAACUUCACAAGAGUUCUUCGUCUUUGAGAAUGUCAUGCAAUUGGUGUCCAACGAAUCAUUCAGAAGGAGCUUGGGUAACGAUUUCCCUCACCUUCGCUUCUCAGAAUUCUACCACUUCUUAUACGAAUAUGGUAGCCCGCUUUCCCGCGUUUUUGAUCCGCUUCUGGUUGUGGCAGCUAAGGAAAGAGGGCUUGUCAUUGAUGGAGCAUCCCGAAAUGACAAGGCACGAAACUACUUCCACGAAGCAUUCAUGCGGUUCUUCUUUGCAGACCUCAGAACAUCCAGCGACGAGAGAAUGACGGGUUUGCGAAAAUGCAAGCUAUUUUUCCACUUUGACGACGAAAUUCACACAAUGCUUGACCAAGCCAGAGGCCUUGUCCUUGCACUGACACUUUCAACCGCUUUGGGCCUUUCACAAGGUGCUGCAAGCGAACUUCAUAGAUAUCUUCAACAUCACAAUGGACCCACUGGGCUCGAGGUGCCGCAUGCCAUGACAGAUUUCCAGAUCUCCUACAUUUCAACACAGCUUUGCAAGCUUGAUGAUGGCGAACCAAACAUUAUAGACGCUUUCACUGAGAGAAUUCAGAAGGCAAUGCUCAAUGAGCACACGGAGACGAUGCUCCGUAAGAACGUGAGGCACUUUACCAGCGAUUUGUUGGGCCUCCAGAAACGUAUCGGGACCUUCACCAGCUUAUUUUACGAGCUCUACUAUCCAGUAUUGAACUGGAUUCAUGUCGACUUGGGACUUCCCAAGUGA